CUGUCGCAUGCUCCUCUAAACAUGAAUCACUAUGCUAACAAGAAGAGCGCGGCGGAGAGCAUGCUGGACGUGGCUCUGCUAAUGGCUAACGCCUCGCAGCUGAAGGCCGUGCUGGAGCAGGGGCCCCAAAACACCCUGUACACGUCCCUGAUCACACUCAUCAGCCUGUCGCUCUGUCUGCAAGUGUUAGUGGGCAUCCUGCUCAUCUUCACAGUGAAGUGGAACCUGAAUGACGAGCAGAAACAUCUCAGGCUGAACGUCUUAGAGAACAUCACCACAGGCUGCAUCUUCAUCAUAGUUGUCAUCAAUGUCUUCAUCACUGCGUUUGGAGUUCAGCGGCCCAAUGCAGGCGUGUGACACCAGCUCUCACACACACACAUGGCUUUAGGAGACAUUAAACUUUAAUAAGCUGUGUGAGCUUGUAGCAGGGCAUUAUGGGUAAGUUCUGUGGGCUGUCAGACAAUUAAACAACAGGCUCAGAGCUGUCACAUAUAAAUCUGUGUUUGAAAUCAUUACCAAAGGUAGGUAGGUAUGCAUAAAAAACAUUUGUCUGCAUAACAAACCCAAUUUCAGCCAUAUAUUAUAUUUGAUAAUGCUGUAUUUAAGGCAGCUACUGAAGUAGCUUUUAAUGAAAACAACAACAACAGAAAAAAACUAAACA